CCUUGUGUCUUGUGUAUAAGGAAAAUAUUAUUAAAAAAUAAAAAAUUGACCAACGCGUCGGCCGUCGCCCAGCGGGACAGUCAGUCGCCCGAUCGCCUUCGUCGUUUGUGCGCGUUCGUGGUUAAUACUACUAUGUUUUAAACUUCAAUAUUAAAGAUGCAGAGAAUAAUAUUGACGCUCGGUAUCCUGGCGCUGGUGUGGGCCGCCCCCCAGGACAUGUCGUCCGGCGACUUAGACUCAGUACUGGAACAGAUCUUUGGCAAGCCAGCCCAGAAGGCGACCACAGAGAGCAGCGUCGGCAACAAAAACCAACCAUCAACCAUCGUGCCUCCUGUAAAAAAGACUGAUGAAACGACCAGCACAGCGUGUAAGACGGAUGACGGUUUAGACGGCGAGUGCGUCCAUUAUUACCUUUGUAACAGCAACAAUUCCAUUAUCACAGACGGUGUCGGCGUUAUUGAUAUUAGGGUCCAAGGAGACAAGUGCGCUUCGUAUUUGGACGUGUGCUGUAUCCCCCCCGACACGAGGACGCCGGACAACCCCAUCACACCGGCCCCAGAAAUUCAGUCACAGCGUGACGGCUGCGGGUGGAGGAAUCCAGACGGAGUGGGCUUCCGCACCAAAGGAGAUAACGAUAACGAAGCGAAGUUCGGCGAGUUCCCAUGGAUGGUGGCAAUUCUUAACGUGAACUAUGUCGAUCCUAGGAUCGAGCCGGUGAACGACAACGAUCCGGACGGUCAGAAACUGAACGUGUACGUCGGCGGCGGCUCGCUGAUCCACCCCAGCGUGGUGCUGACCGCGGCUCACUACGUGGCCGUCAGCAAGACCCUCAGGGUCCGAGCGGGAGAAUGGGACACGCAGACCACGAAGGAGAUCUACUCGUACCAAGACAGAGACGUCAGCUCUACCGUCGUGCACAAGGACUUCAAUAAAAAUAACCUGUUCUACGACAUCGCGCUGCUGUUCCUGGCGUCGCCGCUGGAGAUGGCGCCCAACGUGGGCAUCGUGUGUCUGCCGCCGCCGCGACAGCUCGUGCCCGGCGGGACGCCGUGUCUCGCGUCCGGCUGGGGGAAGGACAAGUUCGGGAAGGAGGGCCGCUACCAAGUCAUACUUAAGCGGGUGGAGCUGCCGGUGGUGGAGCGGCGCCAGUGCCAGACCGCGCUGCGGAAAACCCGCCUCGGACACUUCUUCGAGCUGCACUCCUCCUUCAUGUGCGCGGGCGGCGGCCCCAACAGGGACACCUGCAAGGGGGACGGCGGCUCUCCGCUCGUCUGCCCCAUCGAGGGUGAAAAGGACCGAUACAUGCAGAGCGGUAUCGUCGCGUGGGGCAUCGGCUGCGGGGACGACGGCACACCCGGGGUGUACGUCGACGUCUCCAACCUGCGCAACUGGAUCGACGACAAGAUAGCGGGCAAGGGCUUGAACCCUAAAAUCUACACCGCCUGAGAAAAUACGCUUUAUAAUUACAAGC